AUGUCAAGUGCCGAAAAGAAACCGUUAUCUGAUGUCGAGAAACAGCUGUCAACUGACGACCGCGAUGUCAAAGACCUCUGGCAGGAAGCCUUGAAAGGCUAUCAGGGCAUUGUCGGGUUCAGCCUGGAACGCAAAUUCGACAACGUUCAGAGCAUGCUCGACUUCGGAACGGAACAAAUGAACAAGUUCCACAAGUUCAGGCACGACAAGGGCAAAGUUGACCGCCUGAGAACCCUCCUUGCCUCUAAUCUGGACUACGUGGAAAAGGGCGCCAACCAGAUCAUCGAGGCAGCUUCUCCAGCGUUUCCCCCGGCCGCGGCUAUUGGGACGGCCUUGACCUACAUACUACAGGCCUGUCGUUCAGUCUCAGCGGACUACGACAUUGUCAUUGUUUUCUUCGAAGACAUGAACAGCUUUCUUCAACGUAUCAGCAUUCUCGAGUCACGACUUCCCCAGAAAAGGGCCUAUCAAAAUUGCUUGAUGGAGGUAUUUACCUCGCUUCUCAACAUGUGCGGCUUCGCGCACAAGUACAUUGAGCUUGGUCGUUUCAAAAAAUGGAUCACCAACCUCUUUCAGGGAGAAGAUAGUGAGCUUGGGGGAGCAAGAGCCCUCAUGAACAAGAGAUUGGGUCAUCUCCAACAAGCCACGGAAUUUGCUAUUCUCGGAAACUCCGAGGAAACUCUCAAGAUGACCACACAAUUGGAUGAAAACCAACGAUCUCAUACCCAGAUGCUAGAGAGAUUCGAAAACACCAUGGACAGCAUCAACGAGAACACCGAGAACAUUAAGAACGAUGUCGCCAAAUUACUCAAGUUAUUUGGAGGACAAACGGAAGAAAGCCAGGCGAAUAAUGACAUGGUAGGCAGCGCAUCGUCUGUGAAGGGCGUCCAGGACGCUAAAGAAUCAGGAGACAAAACACUAUCUGCCAGGGCCAUUCGAUAUUUUAUACCAGGGCUAGGAAGAAACAUCGAGGAGGAAUCUGAAGCCCUGAGGGAAACACUUCUGCCAGACUUUUGCAACUGGGUAUUUUCAGAACCAAGCUGGAAUGAUUGGUUGGCAAUGAAGGAAGGAGAACGCCCCGUUCUUGCAAUUACUGGCCAGCCUGGUAUUGGAAAGAGUCAUCUGGCAGUGGCCCUUUACGACAAGCUCGAAGAAAGGGCCAGAGAGGAUGAAACGGGACACACCUGUGUCGUUCACUUCUACUUUCGUGAGGAAGACGAUGUGUUUUGUUCUUUUCUCAGCUGCAUGGUAUCAAUUGUCAUCCAGAUUGCAGAGACUAGCAAUGCUGCCUGUGAAAAGCUGAAAGCACAGCUUGCGAGAGACGACAUCAACAUCAACAACCGCCUUUGGCAACACCUUGCAAUAUUUUUGCUCAAGCCUCUCUUCGAGCAAAACUCCAAGUUCAAUCUCUUUAUCGUGCUCGACGGAUUGGAUGAGAUGCGCGAUUUGAAUGCCUUCAAGGAGUUUCUGUCCAUGUUCGUCACAGAGAAAAGGCUGAGAAUGUCGCUAGUGGUUACCUCUAGACCUGAACGCUUGGAAGACUUUCCGAAGGACAUCAGACUGCUUCAAAUUGAAGCCACCAAAGACAAGCAGCGACAAGACUUUAAGGUGUUGAUAUGGCAUCGUAUCAAUUCCCUUGGUUGCUUGAAGAAAUUCUCCCGAUACGUUAAGCAGCGGGUUGCCGUUGCGGUGGAGGAAACGUCACCAAACAUGCUAUAUGCGGAACAUAUGCUCACCCGACUGGACAGUCUUGGCCGCGAGGGCGCAGUGUUGAAAGCACUUAAUCAGAAAAGGCCUGUUGACCUGAAUGACAUCUACGAAGGCUUGUUAUCAGAGUGUCGCCGCCGCACGCCGAUCAGUCGCCAACAGAUUGCUGCCUCGAUACUUCAUUGGAUAGCUUUUGCCAAACGAAGACUGAAACUAAAUGAAGUUCAGUCUCUUCUGAGGCAUAUAUCACAGGAAGCAGACUUCACCUUUGAAGACAUACCUGAGUUCACGUCAAAAUUCCUCAAAGUAGCAGACACAGGCUACAAUGCCGAAUUGCAAGCAAGGGCGCAAGCAAGCAAAGCCACUAUGGUUCAAGACUUGAAGCAGCAUGGCGAUGACAAUGACGAUAUAUACGACGAUGGACCUCUUCCUGUCGCUCAACAUACCCAUCAGGAACAGGUUGAGGUCCUUGAGGCUUUUGCCGAGGCACUUAGCAAUAAGACUGGGUUUUCUAAGAUGAUGGGCAAGGUUGGAAUGACGUAUCGCUACGCAUCAACCACCGUCACUGAUCUCAGAAUCCAAGACUGGGCAAAGCUUGUGAAAAUUCCAGAAGUCAAGGAUAGUCUCAGUGAUUUUUCCGCGGAAUGGUGGUGUCGCGUUGAACAAGAUCCCGCCACCUUUCGUCUGGGCCUGGCCAAAGGUUAUCUUCGGGAACUGUAUCAGUCACUGAAUGUAGAAGAUGCUAUGAAGGCAUGGGAAUGCCUUCAGAGCAUCAUGCUAUUGAUCGGGAAAGGCAACCUUCUAAUGGAGCAAGGCCGUCUCAACUUUCCUGACCAAUUCGAAGAUGUCAAAAAUUGCGAUGGGACAGAAACGGUCUUUGAUGCGUCUAAGGCCACCCUGGGUAUCUUGGGUCUCUUCGUAGAAGAUGUGACUCCGGAUGAAGGUGGUCAUCGUGCGACAGCUGAAGUUCUGCUCAAGACUGGCUACUUGAAGCCGGCCGAGAAGACUUGCAGAACCGCUCUACUUUGCGAACUAAAUGAUCCUGAGUGGUACAGAGCUUCUUCUGUUAUGUGUGACAUAUUGUUACAAGCAAAGAAAAAUGAAUAUGCUUACCAGUUGGCUGGUGCUGCAGUCUCUCAGCUCUAUAGAGUAGAGAUUCCUGGGCAUCUAAAGCGCGCUGUGUGUACUACGUACGCCAGAGUUCAAACAGAAUUGCGGAAUUUCGACUCAGCGCUUCAGUACUACACCGAGGCCAAGAAUUCCGAUCCCGAUGGCAUCACUCCAGCAUCCGAUCUUGUUGCAGAGUUGAGUGUCUUCUACCAAAAGGCGGAUCAAGCCGGCUACAUCGAGGCUUUGAAGAGCUGGACCAUUCUGGAGAGGAUCACCUGGUUGGCGUCCGAUUACGCGACAGAAGGAGAAGAUCGAGUUGCUCUACUUUGUGACAUUGCCGUUCAAACCGGUGAAAAGCAAUUCGUUGUUGAGUUUUACGAACAAGUGGUUGCCUUCUUAGACAACCUUGACGCCGGCACACCUCUUCGCCUAGAUAUUGCUGUCGUGUACUUCGAAGCCUGCAAAGAUGCCGGGAAGGCUCUCAAUACCUUGAACGAGAUAUUCGAUAGCCAUGACACGAUCUUCGUUUACCCCAUCACAUCUGUCACUCCAGGGUGGGUGUUUCGUAUGGCAUUGACUCUGAUGACAAACGUUCAGGUAGAACUCUUUCGGCAGUCGAGGGAUCCGGUCUACAAAGCAGAACGCCUCCAGUCUCUCGCCAGCCUCAUGGAACGCCCAUUGUCACUAAAUAUCCCACACAUAUCCCCAAUGGCUACUAUAUCGCACAGGAUCGGCUUGUCCUACAUGUACUGGGUCAUGGGGCCCAAGGCGACAUUCGAAGAAACGCUGCGAAAAUUAUUCAAAGAAAGCUUCGAAGCUCUGAGUGAUUCCAUCAAAUGGAACGAUGGUACGUAUCUGUGGACACUUGCACAGGCGCUGGCGCUUCUAAGUCGAGCGUUGGGAAAUGACGACACGCUCCGCCGCUACGCUCGUAUCGUUGGUUCUGCUCUAUUGUCACGACGUACCAAGUCCCAAGAGGACGAUAAGUCAGCGGGUGGCAAGCAAAGAGCAAGCCAUAUACCGGAGGGAGAUGAACAUGGGUCGGAAGGCAACUCCCCUAAAGACGAGGGAGACUUGCUGAGUGACCCAGGGUACACAUGCGGAGGCUUUUGUUCCCCAGCCCGACCCUUUCGGCGGUGGGGAGAUGGCUCGGCGUACUUGUACAUCACUUUUGAGACGGGUAUGAUUUGUGAAGAGUGCCAAACAGAAUACGAAGCUAUGAAGCGCGGCGAAAGAACAGGCAAAGUACGAUACUUCCACGGCAUCGGGCACGACCAUGUCAAGCUUCCCGUCGAGGGCUGGCGGGGUGUCAAGAAUGGACUGUUGAGAUUGGAUGGCGAAGAGCCAGUGCCAUUCGGUAGUUUCUUGAAAAAGCUUCAGACGGAGGUCAUCGAGAAUGCGUGGGAUCGUCUUUGGUCUGGAGAGGCGUAG